UACCCCUCUCAUUAUAUCAGACAUUCUCAUGAAAGCGCUUCCACUUCCUCCAAUUCAAGAGAUGGAUUUAUAGUUGUUUGUGAAAGACGAAGGCUAGCCUGGCCUAUGACACUGGACAGACGCCAUGGGCCGCCAUUCUUGUGUGGUGAAGCAGAAGCUCCGAAAAGGGCUUUGGUCGCCGGAGGAAGACGAGAAGCUCUUCAAUUACAUCACCAAUUUCGGCGUCGGCUGCUGGAGCUCCGUCCCCAAACACGCCGGUUUGCAGAGGUGUGGAAAGAGCUGCAGAUUGAGAUGGAUAAAUUACCUGAGGCCUGAUCUUAAAAGAGGAAUGUUUUCCCAAGAAGAAGAGGAUCUCAUUCUCACUCUCCAUCAACUUCUUGGAAACAGGUGGGCACAAAUUGCAGCAAAAUUGCCAGGAAGAACAGACAAUGAGAUCAAGAACUUUUGGAAUUCUUGUUUGAAGAAGAAGCUGAUGAAGCAAGGGAUCGAUCCAAACACGCACAAACCGAUAACCGAGAGCCAAACAAGGCCUACAGAUGAUCCCCACACCAAGAACUGCACCAAUCUCCCAAUGCCUCAUGAUGACGGCUCACACCACCUCCCAAUUUUCCCAGAAACGACACAAAUGCCCGCCGCCAAACAAGCCUUUGACCCUCUCUUUCUCUACGAACCUCACCAAGAUAAUCUCAGUUUCUACCUCAACCCGAAUUACCCAUUUACCCCAUUGCCCGGUCUGAUGAAUUUAGACCAAGAAUUCACCUCGUACUCGUGGGAAGCGGGGAACAGAAUGGAGGGGCCAUUGUUCGACCAGUAUCCAGGGUUUAACAAUGGUGGGAUGAUCAUCAAACCAGAAGAGCAAGAAGAAGAGGAAGAGGAGGAAGAAGAAGAAGGGCAGCUCAUAGAAGCCCAUCACUGUUCUGGUAAUUUUAUUACUCAUGAGGACUAUACAUCUUUGACUUCUCUGCAACAUGACUUGAGUGGGGCAAAUCUUGAUGUCUUCCAUCAGAUUUGAGUUUUAAUUUCACACAAUUAUUAUUUCCACUUUUAUCUUUUUUUUUUUUUGCUUUCUUGGGUCAUCCCUUCUCCCUUACAAUAUAGAGAACGAACAUUCACCACGGUUCUUUUGACACCUGUUUUGGGUGUCAUAUGAUGACAUUGGACGUUUUAUGGUGCUUGGUCGAACCUCGAAGUGGGUCCUACCCGUUCUAACCCCACAUCCCCCCGGAAUCAACGAACACGGUAGCAUUUCAGCGAUUCUUGGGAGCCGGGGGUUUACGGGUUUAGGGGAUUAGGACUUAUUUUGAGGCUAAAUAGAGCAUCUUAAGGUCCUCAAAUGGCUUGUAUAAUGAUACUGUCAAAAGAAUCUUGUGGGGCACAUAAAUAUACGCAGGUGUUAAUAGACUUUGAUGGGGUGUGAAUUCUCUUCAGUAUAUUCU